AUGAUCGUGGACUACAGGAAACUGCAGAGGGAUGGUCACUCUCCCCUAUCCAUCAAUGGACCCGAAGUGGAGAGAGUCAGCUGUGUGAAGUUCCUCAGUGUAUACUCCACUGAUGACCUCACCCGGUUCCUCCACACCAACACAAUUGUGAAAUCUGCUAAUCAACGUCUCUUCUCCUGCGUAAGUCCAAUUAAUCGUUUUUGGACCUCUACCUGGUUGUCGAGAUCACCUGGGUGUUCAGAGCGAACUGACCCAGCCCUGUCGGGUGGGCGGGAGUACGAGAGUGAGAGUAGAGAGGUUCGUAUCAGAAGCAGAAAGAACAAGGAGUUUAGGUCAGAUACUGUGAAUACAUCCAACCUGCAGUAUGUUGGAGGACAGCCCUCCUCAUCUCCGUAUACGCCCCCACUUCAGGUUGUAUGCGACGCAGUGCGAUUUACUCAUUCUUUCGUGUUCAUGCCAGAUUGUCCCUUUAACCUUAUGGGGCGGGAUUUAAUGAGUAAACUUGGUCUAUCCCUGUCCUUUUCUGGUUCGCGCAUGACCGUGUCCACGGGAGAUUUCAAUCGCGAUCUCAACAUCGCUAAUAAAUCCUUUAAAUCACCUGUGUCUGCUCUGCUGUCUGUCUCACACGCCACAGAGGUUCCUGAGCCUCUGCAUUCCAUACCACACACUGUUUGGGCCGCACAUAGGGAUGAUGUUGGCAGGGUUGACUGUAAACCAUAUGAGGCUACUCUAAAAAGCCCCACUCCUGUUUUUGUUAAACAAUACCCUUUGCCCGAGCACAAACUGUGUGGUAUAGACUCUAUUCUACAGAAACUUCUCUCUUUAGGUGUGGUCGUCCCAUGUCAAAGUGCGUAUAACACACCGAUUAACCCAGUCCCCAGGCCGGACGGUUCUUGGCGAUUCACUCAAGAUUUUCGACGCCUUAAUGACGCCAUCGUGCCUAUCGCCCCAAUUGUGCCUGAUGUCUCUUCGAUAUUGACCUCCAUUCCGUGUCAACACGCAUUUUUUACUGUCUUAGACGUUAGUUCUGCUUUUUUCAGCAUUCCUGUUGAACCUGACACCCAGCCGAUUUUCGCUUUCACUCAUUGCCAACGCCAAUACACGUGGUCUCGUUUGCCGCAAGGUUUCUGCGACUCGCCUGCGGCGUUCGCCGCGUCGCUCCGAGACCUCAUUUCCGACCUCUCCCUCCCCGGGGGUGCUGUGCUCCUGCAGUAUGCAGAUGACCUUCUGAUUUCGGCCCCUGACAGCUCCACGUGCACUGAGGCAUCUAAACUGGUCCUCAUGCGCUUGGCUACACUGGGCUUCAAGGUUUCACUAAAGAAACUGCAGUUCUGCCUACCCCGGGUCCAAUAUCUGGGUCAUGAACUAUCUCAAGGUCAACGCCUCCUCUCUGCUGACCGAGUGUCAUGCAUCACGCAGCUUCCCAAGCCCGCCACCAAGCAGGCUAUGAUGUCUUUCCUCGGCCUCAUCAAUUACUGCAGACAGUGGAUUCCUGACUGCUCCGCGCAUGACAAAACACUGCGUGCCUCCUUCACUCACGAACAGGCCAUGACUCAUCGCCUCAGCCAUGAACUGUGCAUAUUCUGCUCUACUGUCCUCACUGCAGUCUGCACCAGCCUUGGGCCUGCCCAACUACGCUCUGCCAUUUCACCUGUGGGUGUCGGAGUCGGGGGGCACUGCUGCUGCGGUUCUGGCUCAGCCCCACGGGGGAGGUUUGCGCCCUUGCGCAUAUUAUUCUAAAACAUUGGACGUUACGGCCCGAGGCCUUCCGUCCUGUCUCCGAGCGGUCGCGGCGUGCGCACUAAUGGUA